AGUGGCGCUGCGUUUCGGUUCAAAGGGAGAGAAGACGAAUCUGUAGGCGUGUGUGAAUUGUGUGGAAAAACCGCGUGUUUGCUUGCGUCCCGAACGAAAUCCACUGCUGAACGUGACCAUUUCCGUGUGUGCGCGUAAAUUCCAGCCCGCAGUGUGCGUUCUGUCCGACGGGAAAGAAUGUUUCCAGCAUAAAGUGCAUUUGCAAAGGGAAGAACCAGUUCCUAACGGACAAGUGUGACAAGUUUCUGUAAUUUAGGUGCAGUGUAUAUAUGAGUGUGUGUGAUACGACAUCAUAAUAACAAGAGUAUGAAAAUAUGAGUGCAUCAACGCCCACAGCACAGCAAACAGCACCCGGUACCGGUGGACCGCCAGUACCUCCGGUGAAGCCGGUGCUUUCCUCACCCGGAGCGUACAUGGCCAACUUCCAGUCCGGUGCGGCCGGAUCUACGGUGACACCGCCAAUCACUGCCGGUAUUCACGGUACGAACAAGACGCACGAGAAGCCGACGAUUGCCGCACGGCCAAUACCACCUCCGAAGUUGCCAAACUACUCAUCAUCGUUUAACAAGAUCGAUCGCGAUCGUAACGAGUUCACCAAGAUCGACAAAGCGGAACGAGAAAAGGUUAGCCUGUUGGCAACCAAGCGCGAAAUGUUCUUCAAGUCUGAGAGCAACAGUCCGUCCGGACCGCCACCAAAUCCACCGGUAGGACUGAAUAGUCUGAACUUGGCUAACAACAACGUGAUCCAUAAUAACAGCGCAAACGCAGCCACCGACAAACACAGCACGGCAGGGCUCACUAACUCGACCACCGGUGGCGUUACUAACAACAGCUCACCGGCCGCCGUCUCGAUUGGGGCAAUGGUCACCAAUAACAAUCAUAACGGUCUAAAUGGAGCCGUGGCCACGAACGGGAGUAGCCUGGCCGGGAACAAUAAUCUCACCGGUGCUGGUGGCGGUGUGAACGGUCUGACCACGAGCAUGAACAGUGUUUCGUUGAAGGAGAAAAGGGAUGCACUGCUAAACCACCACGAUAGCGGUGCGAAUGGACACCAUCAUCAUCAUCAUGCGGAUGCGGGGAACGCCAAGUUGGCAAACGAACGACACGAAAAGGAGAAGCCGGUGGUGAAAUCAAAACCGAAAGAGCUGGACGGAUACGUCGGGUUCGCGAACCUGCCAAAUCAGGUGUACCGUAAGGCGGUGAAAAAAGGAUUCGAGCUGACGCUGAUGGUGGUAGGCGAAUCUGGACUGGGCAAAUCGACACUCAUCAAUUCGAUGUUUCUAUCGGACAUCUACCAUGCUGAGCAGCAUCCCGGCCCUUCAAAGCGCAUAAAAAAGACGGUGGCCGUCGAGAGUACGAAGGUGUUGCUGAAGGAGAAUGGUGUAAACUUAACAUUAACGGUUGUCGAUACGCCUGGAUUUGGUGAUGCCGUAGACAACAGUAACUGCUGGCUCCCGAUUGUAGACUUUGUCGAAUCGAAGUAUGAAGAGUAUUUGACAGCAGAGUCGCGCGUUCAUCGAACCGCAUUGCCCGAUUCGCGUGUACAUGUUUGUCUGUACUUCAUCGCCCCAUCUGGGCAUGGUUUGAAACCACUGGAUAUCGAGUUCAUGCAACGACUGUGCGAUAAGGUUAAUAUCAUACCAGUCAUUGCCAAGGCGGACACACUCACUCCAGAGGAAAUUACUCUGUUCAAGAAACAGAUUCUGAAUGAAAUCGCUCAACACAAGAUAAAAAUUUACGAUUUCCCGGAUCCGAUGGAUGAAGAAGAAGAUGCAAAAGUGCUUAGACAGCUUCGUAGCCGUGUGCCGUUUGCAGUUGUCGGUGCAAAUGCGAUUAUUGAGAUCGAUGGUCGCAAGGUCCGCGGUCGACGCUAUCCGUGGGGAGUUGCUGAAGUUGAGAACUUGGAUCAUUGUGAUUUCAUCGCUCUGCGCAACAUGGUUAUUCGGACAAACCUGCAGGACCUGAAGGAUGUGACAAACAAUGUGCACUACGAAAACUAUCGCUGUCGGAAGCUGGCUGGUUUGGGUACCGAUGGCAAAGCCAAGCUGAGCAAUAACUUAUGCAAUAUUGGAACUGUUAACACAAAUGGUACUGGAUGGAACCCGCUGGCUCAGAUGGAGGAGGAAAAACGAGAACAUGAAUCGAAGAUGAAGAAAAUGGAAGCCGAAAUGGAGCAGGUAUUUGAGAUGAAGGUGAAGGAGAAGAAACAAAAAUUAAAAGACUCCGAAGCCGAACUGACCAGACGUCACGAGGAGAGAAAGAAGGCUCUCGAGCUUCAAAUACGCGAACUGGAGGAUCGCAGAAAGGCCUUUGAGCUAGAGAAAGCGGAAUGGGAACAGCAGAACGGAGUCACACUUGACGAGCUGCGCCGCAAGAGCCUGGAAGCGAAUAGCAAAGAAACUGUGGACGGCAAAGAUAAAGGUAAGAAAAAGAAGGGUCUUUUCUAGAGUUUCGCAAACCGUUAGAGUGUGGUGUAAGGACGGUACAGAAGAAAGUGUGCGCACACUGUUACUGCUACUACUACUGCUACAACCCCACUUGGAGAUAAUCAUGAGGAUGGUGAGAACGUCGAGAUGUGUGCUGGGAUGUCGGAAGCAAUAAUCAACAAUGCAUCAGCAACAUUGAAUGGAAAUCAGCUCAACGCAGAGCAGCCCCCACACUGUGAUCAAAAUGCAAUAGUAUCCCCGAAUUGGCGCACACUUCUCUGCUACCGCCAUUACUAUUUACUACUACAGCUCAAACGGCGUCUAUCAUUAUCCAAAAUCAAUUAUUCCGAGGCGACUACCAGGUGGCGUAGAUGUACGCGCAGUCGAGCAUAGCAUUGGUAAGGUUUUAAGCAGCCAGUAAAACGAACUAUCGUAGCAUCACUAUCCCGACUACACGAUCCUCUACUCUGUCGCAUCCUAGCAAACAAAACACAACAGCAUCUCUCACAUGCCCAACCAUCAAACAACAUAUUUCGUAAGAGUUUACUUUAAGCGAUGCAAAGGACAUUUAGAAAACGGUCUCCAUCCGUGCUUGGAGGAUAGUAUUCUAGUGCGAUCCCACGCACACACAUCGUUGUGUGAUCGUUUCGGAGACAUCUACAAGAGACAACCAGCUCUGAUACGUGUAAUGAGCUAGCAUUAAUGUUGCAAACAGGCCUAGAUAAGUUUAUUGUACCGCGCGAAAAAUCGAUCGUGUUGGCGAGCAGCUGUAUGUGUUGUGUGUAAUGGGGAAAAUUAUACUUUGGUGUAAAGCACAUGGAAAAUUAGGAUAAACGUCGACUUAAGGGAAGCUGAGCGCACAUCAUAUUAUUUUGCAAACUACUAUAUAAACGAGAUUGAAUUGUUUGCUGUCUGCAUGUACGGGGUUUCUUUUGUUUAUCAAAAUUUUCAAAAAUUAUUAAUUGCUUCCUCGGACUAUACUCUGUGCGUUGCAGUGGCGCUCGUUACUAUCAAACAAAGAUUACAAUAAACAUGUUUCAUUCAAGACAGAUAGGAAAGGGUUUGGGACAAAACAAAAAAAAAAACAAAUAAAAUCGGUCGCACCAUACGCGCCACAUUAAAGUAUCGCGACCUCUUUUGUCGCUCUUGUGGCGAGUUGAAACGAGGCCGAUUAUUUAACGACAAGCGCAACAAAGUUUAGCACACCAACAUCCUCUCUUUUUUCCGCAGAGACGCAGAUAUGCCAUAUAUGUAGACAUUUAGAGUAUGUAUAUUUAUUAAAUUAUUUUUAAGAAAACAUGGCUUAUUUUUUAUACGAAGAUAAGAGGGUAUUUGUAAACCUGUUUUUCUUUUAAUAUUUACACACAGAUAAUACACCAUCUAUAAAAAAAAGGGAUAUAGAGAAGUAAGCAACAAAGAGGAAUUCGCGUAAGGGUGGUAUGGAGGGGAGAGAGUUAUAUUAAGGGUAAGAAGGUACAAUCUCAACGAGCGAAAUAAUGGCACGGUAUUACAGAGCAGCUAAUAUAAUAAUUAUGAAAACAAUAUUGGCCAAGGUCGAUAGCAAAUAUGAAAACCAAUCAAUCAAUAGUAAUAGCGAGAGUUAUGGGAAAAAAAUCUUAAAGCAGGAACAUAUAAGUCGAAAGAAAAUAGCGUUACAUGGAAACAAGCUCGUUACACGCGUUGCUCGUACGUUGGAAUACGAAAAAAUAAAAUAGAUACAAAUCGAACCGAUCGCUUAACUUGUAACUUAACGGAAGCAAUUUGACCAUAACAGCAAAAUAGGGCAACCGAACAGAAGUUGACCGUUUCAUAAAAGAUUUCCUGUUUUAUCGAAACUCGAUUUCUUUUGAAUAUUCGCUAAGUACAACACCAUAUUUUAUAUUAGGCAACAAACACACACGAUAUACCAUCAUAGAGGUUAACAGCAACGAUUUUUAACUAACGAAAUGCGCACGUCCCAUGUUUUGCUUGGCUCAUGACACACACACAUACACACUUGAACAUUUUUGGAUCAUUUAUGAUAGAAAGCAAUUUACGCAACACCACACAACAAUUUUACCUUUCGAUUAGAUAGAAAAUGUAAGUAGUGCUGAUACGAAAAUUGGAAUCUACCGUUACUCGUGCAGAGGGCUGUUCAGAAAGUGGCGUAGCUUAACUAGCCGAAUUGGUUUGGUAUAAGACAACAACGACAACGAAGCGUAGACAGAACGUGAAACAAUGCGAAGAGUCCUCGCGAAUACGUGCUUUCGUGGUUGGUUAUUAAUCGUUAACGUAUUGGCAGACUUCCCUUGGGAAAUUCGUAUAAUACGGUCCAAGGAGCAGACAUAGGACAUGCUUUGCCUCUUCAAGAUAAAGGAUCCGCGAUCCAAGCUCGAACAAAUCUUCCAGCCACUGGCCCCCACCAAAACUUUUUUACUGUCAAAUGAUACUUUCUUUUCGCAGGAAAGUAUAGUUUCUCAUUUCGACCGUGGGUUUUGGGUAGGUGAGUGGUACGGUUUGGCUAGAAGCAACGAACAUCUUGGAAAAGGAUAUAAUAUUACAAUUACACACACUCUCGACACACCCACUCACACAUGUUGCAUUCAUAUGCGCGUCAAUUACAUCUGAAAAAUUACAUGAAGGAUGUUGGACACGCAGAAGUUGCAUUCGUUGGAAAAUUUUACAAAUCGAAGGAGCGUACAAAAAAAAAGAAAAAAUGCUAACAGCAUCAUGCUAUUCUAUUCUAAUUCUAUAGAAAAGAUAGGUAAUUCAGCAAACUCUUAAAUCAUGCUCUAAAAUCAUCAAAUAAAGCAGCGUACAAACAAACUAAUGUCUAGCGAUGUAAUCGAUCGUCGGCACUGUAAAAAUGAAAAGGUGCAAGGCUUUCCUGUGUUCUGCUGGUUUUAGACGACCAGUGAGACGAUCGGUGAGACUGAGGCAGUGGUAUGGAAUGUAGUGCACAUCGUGCGUGAAUUCACAAAUCAUCAUAAUGAUUAGAUGAAACAGUUCCAAGUAACAGAAUCUUUAGAAUGGGAAGUAAUUACAAACUUUUCGGAUAGCCAUUUUCCACAAUCUUUUUACUUAUGAAUAAUCACAUAAAAAGACAUGUGUAUGUGCCCACUGGCUCACUCUCUCUCUCUCUCCUUAUCCCCCUUUACUUCUUAAUGCACGUUCUCUGUUCGUAAAAAUGCUUAUUCAUUUAGUCAAGAGCGGUCCGAAUAAAGAAUUAUAAACUUACCAAAUAAGGAACAAAUUUAGUUGUAAUUACGAUCAGUCGUGUCUCUAUAUCCUUGACAAAAAAACGUUCUAACCGAAAAUCUAUAGAACAGCGCAGAACGGAAUUCGAAGUGUUCUAUUUAUAUUCUUUGUGUGUUGUAAUCACUUAUUUUCUCCGUGGAUGGUGAAGGAGAAUGAUAAGAGAAGGAGUUUAGUAACAAAAUACAAUUACACAGAACGGGAAUAUAUUAU